UUUCUGUUGUUUCCUUCCGACAAAUUUCCUGCCUUUCUCCAGUUGAAAAUUGUCCACGCGUUAUAAACAUUGGCAAAAAAAAAAAGUCGGACGGCCUUAAAGCUUCGGAUUGACUUUUCAUACGCGGAAAGGGGGGACAUAAAUCGAGAGUAACUCAUUGGGAAAUAUUUUUCUUCGGAGGGUGUUCUACCCCGGAGCACCUUGUAAAAACCUGGCCCGAGGUGAAGAUUCGGUCUACGGUCAGGUUAUUGGCAUGCAGGACGUUAAAGGGUGGUAAUGGCUCCGACGGUUCAUUCGCGCGGCCAUUUUGGAAAAAUUGAAGAGUAACGCUUCCCAUAAGACCAUGUAGAGGUUUAGUGUUAUGGCAAAAAGUGGCCCCAAGGGUGAGGAAUCGUCGAUGGCUCCGAAGAACUCUUUUUAGUAUUUUAGUCCACCAUUAAGUAUGCUCGCCGAAGUCGUUAUCGUCGCGUUAGUCAUUUUCAUUUCCAUGUCGAGAGUCAGGAAAUCGGUUUUAUCCGGCCCCAGGAGCAGUCGGCGAAUCUUGUCCCUCGAGUCGUCACUUUUUUUCUUAGGCAGUGCGACGUAGAGCUUCCUUGAACUUCAAGGGAGGACGAACCCUCGGUCUUAACUUCGCAAAUCGCUGUGUACCCAUGUCUUCUACGUUAGGCGUACGGAUGUAUAUUGACCGUCGCAGAAAAAAAAAAAGGAAAUGAAAGGAGCUACUUGAACUUGAAUUUGAAUUUCUAAGCGGUUUCCCUGUUAGGUAGUUCCCUGCAUCCUCGUUUCUUUAAAUACCUUUUAAUAUGCCGCCGGUAGUUUGAAAUUCCCGCCGCGGGGUCGGACAAAAUGGCCGACCGGUCGCCAUCGGACGGUCAUUUAUCGGCGGGGAACUUGGCAGGGAAAUUUCCAACCAUCGACCGAGUUUACCAGUAUUGUGACAUAAUCGGGCUUCACUGACAACUAUCGCCCACCAUCGUUAGUCGGUGUUUCGAGUGAUCGCUCGAUAGUCGCGUUUAACUAGUGGAGGACCAUGGAUCGCAUACUGAAGGGCGUCAUGAAGUACAGAAAGUGUCACAAGGAAGGGAUGGUCAAGCAGUUCGAGCAAGUCAAACUGCACCUCGAGCCGAAGGCAGUGUUCUUUACCUGCAUGGACUCAAGGAUGAUUCCGACUAGAUUUACGGAAACAAACGUUGGGGACAUGUUUGUUGUGAGGAACGCCGGCAAUAUUGUUCCGCACUCCCAACAUUUCGCAGACGAGCUCACGAUGUGCGAACCUGCGGCCCUGGAAUUGGGAUGCGUUGUUAAUAACAUAAAGCACAUCAUAGUCUGCGGACACAGCGACUGCAAAGCCAUGAAUUUACUUUACGCCUUGCGGGAUCAAGAAUUCUCAUCCCAGGCAAAUCGAAGAAUAUCACCUCUAAGGGCAUGGUUAUGCGCUCACGCCAGCAGUAGUUUGGCCAAAUUUCAACAACUCCAAGAAAAGGGUUUCCAGGAGCCGACGCUUUUCCAAGCGGAGACACCGCUGCGGAAAUUCGUCGCCUACAUCGACCCGGAAGACAAGUAUCCCGUUGAGGACAAACUUUCACAAAUAAACACCCUGCAACAACUGCAGAACGUCGCUUCGUAUGGCUUUCUGAAGAAGAGGCUAGAGAGGCACGAGUUGCAUAUUCAUGCUCUUUGGUUCGACAUUCUCACCGGGGAAAUUCACUACUUCAGUCGCGCUAACAAAAGAUUUAUAGAGAUCAACGAGAGGACGGAAGCCUCUUUACUGGAAGAGAUACACAAGUACUACUCCUAGUGUUUUCUCUUUAGCGUCUAUUCACUUAAGCCUGGGUUUUAUUUAAUCGUGCGUUCCCGAUGGAGGGGACCGUCGAAGAAGGACGUCGAUGGCGGCCAUCUUGGCCUCGGCUAAAUUCGGACCGAAAUCCGGGUCCUUUAAUUCCUUUUACUCGGAUAUUCGAACCUAGGUAGAGAGAUUUUCGAUUCACAUUGUACCUGGUGCUGUACGCAUAUUUUUCUACACGUUUUUUGAAAGGAAGAACGUCCCCUUCCUCCGAAUUUCAGAGCCCAAUUAUUCCAUGACAAGGUCUCGAAAGUCUAAGGACGAUACACAUAAGUUAUAGUCAAUAAUAAAGGUUCAAUAUGUAGCUCUGUACGCGCAACGAACAAAUUGUGAAUCAAUAUUGUAUUUGUACACGGGAUUUAUGUCUGUAACACGCAGCGGCGAUCUUCCUAUGGAAAGUGUAAAGGCCCUGCGUUGAGAAAGAAAAAAAAGAAAUUAGUUGACCCGAAGAAACAUAUUGUUGUCUGGAUCGUGUAUAAUUGCGAGAAGCCAUGAUUUCGUUGAAAAGAAACAUUCACGUUGAUCUAAAGAGAUUUUUAAUCACUCAAUCUGAGAGUUCUUUGGACGUUGUUCAUCGCAGGAUUUUGUUGCCGCGAUGCAAAUGAUUUCUUUGAGUCGACCAGUCUUUUUCUUUCUUUUUUUUCUCUCUCUCUCGGGGAUAAUGCUUAGAGGAACUGGAGACCUUUCCCAAAGGAGGUUUGCGACGCAAUUUCAGGUGAGGACUUUUAAUGAUCGCCGGCUCAGGUAGAUACAUGCUCACUCGUUCGAGGGAGUGCGAGCGAACUAGAGCAUGCCACUCCCGAAAGAGAAAGCAAAACAAAGCGAACGGCUCGUCGGUUCCAGCGGGCUUCGAGGCGAGGAAACGCGCGAAAAAUGCCGGCCUAACUCUUCCCCGUUUCCCAGCAAAAGCGAAAACCUCUCGAAUCUGCGCAUCUUCGUGCUUUUUAUCCCAAUUAAAUCAAACCUUGCGCCGCUGCGUUGAUUUUUCCGGAUAUUACCUCGGAAACGUCCGAGUGGAACUUUGUCUUCGACGGGAAAGAAAGAUGGCGGGUGGUCCCGUGUCGAUCGUGAUGAUUUUUCCCGACUUUUCCUCGGAAACGUUCCAGUGGAACUUUUCAACUCCUCGGUGCGAUGAUUUUUUCCAAUUUUUCCUCGGAAACAUCCGAGUGGAACUUUGUCUUCGAACGGAAAAGCAAAAUGGCGGGUGGUCCCGCGUCUAACGCGAUGAUUUUUCUUGAUUUCUUUCUCGGAAACGUCCGAGUGGAACUUUGUCUUCGAACGGAAAAGCAAAAUGGCGGGUGGUCCCGCGUCCACCGCGAGUCGUCUCGCUUCUCCGACUUUGGAGAAGGUGGGAUUUAAUUAGUGCGGGGGAUCGGAGGAGAGAAAAAUGGAUUUCACUGGGAACGGGAUCCAUCGGGCUCGGCACGCUCGCGGUCACGGGUGCGCAGGGGAUUUCUCCUGGGCCCGAGUAAAACGAAUCGACGUCGGGUUGCGUCGUUCACUUUCGUUUGAAAUCGGCGCGUUCCGGCGCGCCGACCAAACGGGAAUUGGAACAAGACGGGAGGAGGAUUUGGGUCGCGAGUUUCGGCCGCUAGAGGGAGGUGGCGCUCGCAGCGCCGUUUAACGACUCUAAACGCCGCUCUAUACGUGCCCGCUAAAUGAAAGUAGGAUUUUUCUUUCGUUUCUUGCCGGACGAGUCACCGGCUCGUAGCUGGCCCACUUCGAGUCGUUCUAAAACCGUUUCGCCCACUUUUCGUGGAAGGGCUUUUUCAGGACUUGCCACAACACUAAGUACUCCUUCAAUGCUUGGAAUUGAAAUCCCGAGGAAAAAUCCCCGAAGAUCUAUGGAAUCGCAUUCUUGUCUGUCAUAUGAGAUCAAACUCACUCGCUUCUAAAAGAAAAAAAAAGAAAAUCAUUUUCGCUUCCAAAACGUCUCCUGGGUAUUUCGAGAAAGCAUUUUGGAUGUAUGACCCUUGGCAGAACCGCAUUGGAUUUUUCUCAUUCGGAGGCGCCUUGAAAUACGGUUAUGGCGCUUUUCCUCCGGCAUCCAAACGGCCUGCGGAUUAAUUAAUUAACUGCACAUUAAUUAGAGGCUUACGGCUAAUAAAGCGCUCGGGAAGAAAGUUGAUAUACAUUAUGAAAGGAGCCGUUUCGGUGUAGAAAGUACGCGGUAGCGGAGUCUAGUGACUCGAAUAUUGGACAAUAACUCGAACGACGUCGACCGUAACCCCGAAAAUUGGCAUGUCGUAACCCGGUGUACUCAGGUGAAUGUACCGAGUACGGCUCUCAUGAGUCUCAUGAGUGAAGUACGCAGAAGCCAAGGCUGUAUCAGAAUUCGAGCCGAAAACUAUUCCGAAGGACUUCAGGUUCAAGGUUUACGACCGAGCUAAACAGCGAUUUCAACGCCCGAUGAGAAAGAGUCGUUUUGGGGAGAUGAAUCGAAGGUCUCCCGUUAAACCGUCCAAACCCUUAAUUUCCGAAAAAAUGAGCAUCUCCAAAAAACUCCCCAACAGGCUUGUAACCUCGAUCAUUGGGUGCGUUAAAUAGAGGGAAGAAGGAAAUGCGCAAUAAAAUGAGAUCGUUCCCUUUUGGUAGCGGAAGUUUCCAAUUUCGAUCGCCGUUUAUUUGGGGUACUUAAGUGGGGGUGAGGAAUGACGCGUGGCGUCGGAAUAUACCCAGAAAAAAGAAAUUCAUCCGUUCAGAGAAAUAUUUCUUCUUAGUACCAAUGAGAUAUCUGGUUAAAAGAAUUCGACUCGAAUAAAUUGUCAUAAAUCAG